AGCCCUCAUAGGGUCAGCUGACCUCUACAUCUGGCGUCCAAUCAGGAAGCUGCGCCGCCGAGUGUGUAGGAUGUGGGGUGCUGGUGUCCCCUAUACAGAGACUGUCACAGCUUAGUCCUUCUUCAUAGGAGAUGUUCAAGAUCUCAAUGAGCAUCUUAUCUUUAGCAUUGCCGAGUAUACGGUAUACAGCAGCCACGAUGUUCUAUGCGGUGAGGAAGGGGCGCAGUCCAGGAGUCUACAAGACCUGGGCAGAAUGUAAAGAACAAGUGGACCAGUUUCCAGCAGCAAGGUACAAAAAGUUUGCUUCAGAGGAAGAAGCCUGGAAAUUCGUAAGGGAUAACCCGGAAGCUUCCUCCAGUCGUUUAGAAGGUAGUUCAAAAGGCACGAGCACUCCUUCAGAUGUGAAGCCUUCAUAUCGUGCCAAAAGACCACUUCCAAGCUCCAUGUCUACAGAGCAGACGGCUCCUAAAAGAACCAAGCUCAUCGACAUCAGCUCCCUGCCACCUUUACCUGGACAAUCCUUCGCCAAUAUGGGAGACUCCACAAUUGUGUACACCGAUGGUUGUUGCUCCAGGAAUGGCCGAAAAGAAGCACGAGCUGGGAUUGGGGUGUACUGGGGUCCAAACCAUCCAUUGAAUGUGGCGGAGAGGCUUGAAGGAAGACAGACGAACCAGCGUGCUGAAAUACAGGCAGCGUGUAAAGCAUUAGAACAAGCCAAAAGCGAGAACAUCAACAAGCUUGUUGUAUUCACAGACAGUAUGCAUACAAUAAAUGGUAUCACUAAGUGGGUCCAUUCCUGGAAGGGAAACAAUUGGAAGAUGAGCACUGGGAAAGAGGUUAUAAACAGGGAGGACUUUGAAAAGUUGGACAGGCUCGUACAAGGGUUGGACGUGAAGUGGAUGCACAUUCCAGGCCAUGCUGGUUUUGGAGGAAAUGAAGAAGCUGAUAGACUGGCCAGGGAAGGAGCUCAGAAGCCUGGACAAGAUACCAGUGACUCCUGAAUGGACAAUCAGUACUGAGGCCUUCAUAUAGUCAGUUAUGAUGUACAGUCCACAGGACUGCAUGGACGCGAGGCAUUAACACAUCGAAUAUUGUAAAAUAACAACAGGACAUUAAUACUGCCUUUGGACUUGGAAGAUUUUAUCAUGGUCUCUUCAGUAAUAAACUGGCCUUAUAAGGCAUCUUUUGUGGGUUCUGGA